AUGUCUGACAUCCUCCUUCUGAUGGCUCGCCAGUCCAACCAUGUGAACAGCAUCUGCAGCACCUGGGGCAGAGAGCACUUCAAGACCUUCGAUGGAGACGUGUACCAGUUCCCAGGGACGUGUGAAUACAACCUGGCCUCCGACUGCCACUCUGAGUCCUACCAGGAGUUCUCUGUGCACCUGAAGAGGAACGAGGCUACUGAGACCGAGGGGAACCCUACGGUCAAACACGUAGUGGUCACUAUCAACGACCUGGUCUUCCAUCUGACCAAGACUCAGGUCGCGGUCAAUGGAGAAAUUGUAACUCUGCCGUACUACAAUGGAGGAGUUCAACUGGAGAGGAAUGCAGUUUACACCAAACUUUACUCCAAGGUUGGCCUGGUUGUCAUGUGGAAUGGAGAAGAUGCCGUCAUGGUGGAGCUGGACAUGGAGUAUACCAACCGUACCUGUGGUCUCUGUGGAGACUUCAAUGGCCUUCCAGUCCACAGUGAAUUUAUUCAUGAUGGUCGUAAAGUGAGCCCCAUUGAGUUUGGAAACAGACAGAAGGUCCACAGGCCCAACGAGGACUGUGAAGACCCCUAUGAAGAGGAAGAGGAAGAUGAACCUGCAGACGUUCAGCCUAAAGAGGACACAUGCAAGGAGUUUCAUGCCCAGUGUGACCAGCUCCUGCGCUCGGCGUUGUGGAGCUCCUGUGGUGCGGUCGUGAACCCUGAGCCCUACAUCCAGGCCUGUGUUCAGGACCUGUGUGGCUGCAGCAACACUUCUGAUAGCUUCUGUGUCUGCAGCACCCUGGCAGAGUACUCCAGACAGUGCUCCCACGCCGGGGGACAGCCACCCCACUGGAGAACAACAGCCUUCUGUGACAAGCAGUGUCCGUUCAACAUGGUGUAUCUGGAGAGUGGCUCUCCCUGCAUGGAUACCUGUACCCACUCAGACACCAGCUCCCUGUGUGAAGAACACCUGAUGGACGGCUGCUUCUGCCCUCACGGGACUGUGUUUGAUGACAUCUCAAAGCGGGGGUGUGUCACUCAGGACCAGUGUCAGUGCAAACACGACAAAGUUUACAACUCUGGAGAAGUAUUCAGACAGGACCGUGAGGAAUGUGUCUGUCACCAUGGUCAGUGGUCCUGUAAAAGUCUGCCCAGCCCUGGUACAUGUGCAGUUGAGGAGGGUUCACAUGUGACGACCUUCGAUGGGAAAGCAUUCACCUUCCAUGGGGACUGCUACUACCCCUUAGCCAAGGUGGAAAGCAAGGAUGAAGCCAGUCCAAAGUUCACUGUGCUGGUCCAGCUGGUUCCCUGUAUAAGACAGAAGUUUGACACUUGCCUCAAGAGUGUUGUGGUCUUGUUAAACAAUGAUAGAAACAACGCUUUGGUGAUUACCGCCGAUGGGAAAGUCAGCCACAAUGCACAGAUCACUCUGCCUUACAACACAGCUGACAUCAGUGUGUUCAAGCCGUCGUCCUUCCACAUGAUUCUCCAGACCAGCUUUGGGCUGCAGGUUCAGAUCCAGCUGGUCCCUAUCAUGCAGGUUUAUGUCACCCUGGACGAGAGCUACAAGACCAAGACACAAGGUCUGUGUGGGAACUUCAACAAGGUUCUUUCUGAUGACAUGAAGACCCCUCAGGGUAUGGUGGAGGGAACAGCCUCUUCAUUUGGGAACUCCUGGAAGGCUAAUCCUACCUGUAGAGACAGAGAGGAGAGGCUGGACGACCCCUGCUCCCUCAGUGUGGAGAAUGAGAACUAUGCUAAACAUUGGUGCUCCAUGCUAAGAAGUUCUGACAGCACUUUUGCCAAGUGCCAUGCCAUGGUGGACCCCGAGCUUUACUACAAGCGAUGCACGUACGCUAGCUGCAACUGUGAGAAGAGUGAAGACUGCCUGUGUGCCGUCUUCUCCUCCUAUGUACGAGACUGUGCUACCAAGGGAGUGGUCCUGUCGGGCUGGAGAGAGAACGUGUGUGACAAAUACACUGGUAACUGCCCAGCGUCUCAGACCUACUCUGACCAGCUCCAGAGAUGUCAGCUGACUUGUAGCUCCCUGGCCAGCAAACGCCAGGGAUGUACCAACGACUUCCUCCCCGUGGAUGGUUGCUCCUGCCCGGACGGACUCUACAUGGAUGAUAGGGGCACCUGUGUACCCAUGGACAAAUGCCCCUGCUUCCACAACGGGGUCCACAUCAAGCCUGGGAAGUCCAUCAACAUUCAGGAGGAGCACUGUGUCUGCAACAAUGGGAAGCUCCACUGCCGUUCCUGGAAAAUGCGUUCAGAGAGUACCUGCCAGUCGCCGAAGGUGUUCUUGAACUGCUCCAAUGACCUGGGAGUACAGUGUACACGUAGCUGUAGGAACCCAGAUUUCAUGGACUGUUUCUCCGCAGAGUGUGAGUCUGGGUGCAAGUGUCCCAUGAGUCUGUGGGAGGAUGGGAAAGGUAUGUGUGUGAAAAAACAUGAAUGCCCAUGCAGCCAUGAUGGAUUCCUCUACGCCCCAGGAAAACAGAUCCCAAACGGAUGUAACACUUGCACCUGUAAGAGUGGGAAAUGGGAGUGCACAGAUAAGAAGUGCCCAGGAACCUGUACCAUCUACGGCAGUGGCCAUUACAAAACCUUUGAUGAGCGCACGUAUGGCUUCCAAGGAAAAUGUGGCUAUGUGGCUGUCCAGAACAAAUGUGGGAACCGGCCUGUCCAGGACAACUUCAUGGUGAUCACAGAGAACAUACCGUGUGGAACCACAGGCACCACUUGCUCCAAGUCUGUCAGGGUUCAACUGGGGAGAACAGAGCUGAAACUAUCAAAGGGGACUUAUGAAGUGGUGAACCUAGGAGUGGGCUCUCAGAUCCAGUACCGGGUGAGGACCGUCGGUCUGUACCUGACUGUUGAGUCAGACAUCGGGAUCGCAGUGCUGUGGGACCGCAAAACUACCGUCCGCAUCGUCCUGGAGCCACAGCAUAGUGGAGCAGUGUGCGGCCUGUGUGGGAACUAUAAUGGAGACGGCAGAGAUGACUUCACCACGCAAGGUCAGCUGAUAGUCAGCAGCCCUGUGGAUUUUGCUAACAGCUGGAAAGUGUCAAGCACUUGCCCCGACGCAGAAAGCAACGUGGACCCAUGUGGAGCCAGACCCAACCGUCACAACUGGGCUAAGAUGCAGUGCAGCAUCAUCACAGGAAAGACUUUCCAACUGUGCCACAAGAAGGUAGACCCUACUCUGUACUUUGAGAACUGUGUGAAAGACUCCUGUGCCUGUGAUACUGGUGGAGACUGUGAGUGUUUCUGUACAGCUGUAGCAGCCUACGCCCAGGCCUGCACUGAAGCUGGAGUCUGUGUUGCAUGGAGAACACCAGAGAUUUGUCCUGUGUUCUGUGACUACUACAACGAUCCAGGUGAAUGUGAAUGGCAUUACAGCCCUUGCCACACACCUUGCUACAAGACCUGUCUGAAUCUAAAUGGGACCUGUGACAACCCUCUUCCAAAUCUGGAAGGUUGUUACCCAGGAUGCCCUCCAAAAACGCCUAUAUUUGAUGAAGAGACCGGGGAGUGUGUUGAGAUAUCAAAAACAACCACACCAAUACCACCAACAACAACAACCACACUAACAACAACACCAACACCACCGCCAACAACAACACCAACAACAACACCCAUACCACCAACAACAACCACACCAAUACCACCAACAACCACACCAACAAUACCAACAAUGACAACAACACAGAAACCAACAACACCAAAACCAACAACACCACCAACACCACCAACAACAACACCUUCACCACCAACAACAACAAAACCACCAACAACAACGACACCAAUUCCACCACCAACAACAACACCAAUACCACCAACAACAACCACACCAAUACCACCACCAACAACAACAACACCAGUAACAACACCAAUACCACCAACAACAACAACAACAUCAACACCAACAACAACAACACCAAUACCACCAACAUCAACCACACCAAUAUCAACAAAAACAACCACACCAAUACCACCAACAACAACAACCACACCAACACCACCAACAACAACAACACCAAUACCACCAACAACAACGACACCGUCACCGUCACCACCAACAACAACAACACCAAUACCACCAACAUCAACAACACCAAAACCAACAACAACAACCACACCAACACCACCAACAACAACAACACCUUCACCACCAACAACAACCACACCAAUACCACCAACAACAACAACACCAGCAACAACACCAAUACCACCAACAACAACAACAACAUCAACACCAACAACAACAACGCCAAUACCACCAACAUCAACCACACAAAUAUCAACAAAAACAACCACACCAAUACCACCAACAACAACAACCACACCAACACCACCAACAACAACAACACCAACAACAACACCAAUACCACCAACAACAACAACAACACCAGCAACAACACCAAUACCACCAACAACAACAACAACAUCAACACCAACAACAACAACACCAAUACCACCAACAUCAACCACAGCAAUAUCAACAAAAACAACCACACCAAUACCACCAACAACAACAACCACACCAACACCACCAACAACAACAACACCAACAACAACACCAAUUCCACCAACAACAACGACACCGUCACCACCAACAACAACAACACCAAUACCACCAACAUCAACAACACCAACACCACCAACAACAACCACACCAACACCACCAACAACAACCACACCAAUACCACCAACAACAACAACAACACCAGCAACAACACCAAUACCAACAACAACAACAUCAACACCAACAACAACAACCACACCAACAACCACACCAAUACCACCAACAACCACACCACAAAAUGAGACUUUCUGGCUGUGCAACUGCACUUUGGCCAGAUGCAUUGAAAACAACACCAUUGAGAUCAUCUCAUACGAAUGCCCAGAGCCUGAGCCAAUCACAUGUACCAAUGGCAAGAAACCAGUGCUACAGUGGGAUGAGUUCUACUGCUGCCAACACUACGUGUGUGACUGUGUCUGUGAGGGUUGGGGAGACCCCCAUUACAUCACCUUCGACGGGCUCUUCUACAGCUUCCAAGGGAACUGCACCUAUGUGCUGAUGGAGGAGAUGUGGCCUCGUCACCAAUUUAAGAUCUACAUCGACAAUGUCAACUGUGAUCCCACCGAGGAUGUGUCUUGUCCUCGAGCCAUCAUCGUGUCCUACCGCUCAACAGUUAUAACACUGAAGAAUCACAACCUCAUUGGAGCUGCUCAGUUGGAGGCUCUUAUUGAUGGAGUUUCCCUGAGACUACCCUUCACAAGGCACGGUGUGAAGGUGAUGAACUCUGGUAUCAACAUGGUCUUGGAGAUAGCACACCUCCAGGUAGUAGUUACCUUUGGUGUCACUGGCUUCAGCGUCAACCUUCCUUGGCAACACUUUGGCAACAAUACACAGGGUCACUGUGGAACAUGUAGCAACAACCAGGCUGAUGACUGCAUGUUGCCUGGAGGUCAGCUGGUGGAGAACUGUGCUGUGAUGGCAGACUACUGGCCAGCCAAGGACAUCUCCAAGCCUGACUGCCAUGUGCCACCUGGAAUCCCCACCAACUCUCCUCUCCCUGAACCCACACAGAAGCCAUGCAAGCCAGACUCCUCUGUCUGUGAUCUCCUGAAGGACAGCAUUUUUGCAGCCUGUCAUCCAUUUGUCUCACCUGACAACUUCUACAAGGGCUGUGUCUAUGACAGCUGCCACGUGUCCAACCCAGCGGUGGAGUGCACCAGUCUGCAGACAUACGCUGCUGCCUGUGCCCAGUUUGGAGUAUGCAUCUACUGGAGAAACCACACCGAGCUCUGUGCCAGCGACUGCCCAGCUGACAAAGUCUACAAGCCCUGCGGUCCUGCAGAACAGCCAACCUGUGAUGACAAUCCAGACGAGUCUAGGAUGAACUUCACCACAGAAGGCUGCUUCUGUCCUGAUGGGAUGAAACUCUUCAACAAGGAAUCAGGGAUCUGUGUUGAUAAGUGUGGAUGCCUUGACCCUGAAGGUGUUCCGCGAGAGUUCAACGAGAGGUUUGAGUACAAGUGCCAGGAUUGCGUUUGUUUGGAGUCCACCAAGGCUGUGACCUGUAAACCCAAGGUCUGCUCCAAACCACCAGUAGAGAUAUGCACUGGUCCAGGCUUUGUAUAUGUCAACCAAACCGAUCCAUCCGAUCCAUGCUGCUCCAGCCUCGUCUGCCGUUGUGACAGCAGCACUUGCCCACCAACCAACAUGAACUGUCCUAUUGGGUUCGUGCCAGUGGUUUCAGUCCCGGAGGGAAAAUGCUGUCCAGAGCACACAUGUGAGCCUAAAAGAGUUUGUCUUCACAAAGGCGUUGAAUACCUGCCCAAUUCUAAAGUACCAGGAUCAGAGUGCCAGGAGUGCACCUGCACCAACAAAGUGGACCCCAAGUCUGGUCAUUACCAAAUUGACUGUGGAUUCAUGCAAUGUGACAAAGAUUGUGAAAAGGGAUAUGAGUACCAGGAGCCAGACUAUUCCUCAGAUGACUGCUGUGGUAAAUGUGUUCAGACCCACUGUGUCCUCCAGAUCAAUGGGACCAAGCAGUUGUUGAAGCAUGGAGAUACAUGGUCAGCUCCUGGUGACAAGUGCCAGCAGUACAGCUGUGUGAAAAACGGUGAUAACUAUCUGACCCAGAGCUCCAACAUCCAUUGCCCACCCUUCCAGCAGGCCAACUGCCAGCCUGGUUCAAUUCAGACCGCUGCAAACGGCUGCUGUAGAAUUUGUGUGGAGAAGGACAAGGCCUGUAAGAGAGGAUCCAUGAAGAGUUUCAUCAACCACAAGAACUGCCAGUCUAUUGAGGAGGUGGAGAUGCCGUACUGUGAGGGAUCCUGCAACACCUUCACCAAGUACUCUGCGAUGGCUGCGUCUCUGGACCACUCGUGUGCCUGUUGCCAGGAGUCCCGGUCCAGUAACCGCACGGUGGACCUACAGUGUCUGAAUGGAGAUGUGGUGCCCUACACCUACCUACACGUGGAGGAGUGUAACUGCAGACACAGCGACUGCCACAGAGCCAUUAGGGUGCCUGUCCGUAAGACACGCAGCAACACGCUGGUGUAA